AUGCGUUUAUUUUCGGUAUUCAUAAUCAUCUGUUCAAUAUUAUUAGAGACUAAUGCUAAGAGCGAAAGUCUUGGUCAUGUAGUAUUGAUAACAGCUCCUUUAUUUGGUCAUAUGAUUCCACUAUUAGAUUUUGCUAAACGUUUAUCCGAAUAUCAUCAUGUAACUUAUAUCGUAUCGGCAUCAAAACUCGACAUUCUUAAACAACAUGUAUCUAUUAAUCAAACUGAAGCUAAUACUUCAAUACAAUCAAGAAUAGAAUUCAUUGGUUUACUUGAUGGUAAUAAUGAUGAUUAUCAAGUUACAAAUAAAGGCAUGAAUGUUCCAAUGAGAGAAAUAGCUCGUCGAAUGCAUGAACCUCUUUUGACGUUACUCUUUCCAGAAAAAACUACAACAAUCUUAGCAACUCAUUCAAUCACACGACCUAUUGAUUUGAUCAUUACUGAUCUAUCUGUUUUGACACCUGUUUGGGAAAGUUAUACAAGAAAUAUUCCGAUUUAUAUCUUCGUUCCUAAUAGUCUAUUAUUUUUUAUGCACACUAUUGACAUAGCAAUACACAAUACUAAAAGUGGCAAAGUGAAUCCAAACUUUGAUCAUCAAAUAGAUUUCCUCGUUUUGCUUACGAAGGGAAUUAUUUGCAAUUCGGUUUUUGAACUUGACGAUAUCAUUUUGGAUAAAUUACGUCGAAAAUCACAACCUGCUGCAAAUAUACCCGUUCUAUUUGUAGCACCAUUGAUCUCGGACGAUUUUGCUGAAACUCGUCAAAGUUCUCUUAUUGUUCAUAUCAAACAAUGGUUGGAUAGACAUUGGGAACGAGCAAAUAGGUCUGCCUGUGUGAUCUAUAUUGCUUUUGGUUCGUGGGUUUCUCAUGAUUCUAAACAACUUUCCGAAAUCACCAAUGCUCUCAAACCAUAUCCAUUUAUUUGGUCAUUAAAAAAGAAAUUACAAACACUUAUUUUACCCUUAGGCAUUGAUAGUGAACAACAUUUACUUCUUGAUUGGACUCCACAACGAUUUAUUCUCUCACAUCCUGCUGUACGUUUAUUUAUAUCACAUGGUGGUUGGAAUAGUUUACUUGAAAGUAUGUCAGCCGCAAAACCAACACUUGUCUGGCCUUUUUUCGCUGAUCAGACAGUGAAUGGGUACCGGUUAGAACACGAAUUCGGUAUGGGUCGACAUAUGUUGAAUACUGAUCUUGCCAGUGGUCAACGAAUAAUCACAAGUGAUGAACUAACAUCGUAUUUGAAAGAAAUAUUCGCCCGAGAAAUGGAAUAUUUACAAAACGCGCAAGAUAUUCAAGACGUUAUUUUCCAUGCAAAAGAAAAUAGUUCACGUCUGGACGUUGAGAAGGUCAUCAAGAUCAUUGACGAUCAAGCAAGUAAACGCAUGAAAAAACAUCACGAACUAUAA